AUGGAGAAUUGUAAACCGAUGAGAACCCUUAUCGCUCAAGGUGAGAAGCUUCCUAGCAAUGAAGCUGUUGAGAGGGUUGAUGAAACAAGCUAUAGAAGUGUGAUUGGAUGCCUAGUUUAUUUGACUGCAUCCAGACUUGACAUAAUGUUCGCUGUAAGUCUAUUGUCAAGAUACAUGCAUUGCUGCAAUGUAAACCACUACAGAGUAGCAAAAAGAGUUCUGCGAUACAUAAGAGGAACUCUGAGCCAUGGAGUGAAGUUUGUGAAGGCUGAAAGGGUGAAACUACUUAGGGAUUCAAACAGUGAUUGGGUUUGGUCUACUGAACACAUAAAGAGUACCUCAAGUUAUUUCUUCACUCUAGGAUCGAGCCUGUUCUGUUCAAGCUCGAAGAAGCAAGAAAAAGUGGCACAAUCAACUACAAAAGUUGAGUAUGUUGCAGCCGCAACUGCUGUAAAUAAAGCUAUUUGGCUAAGGAAACUGCUGAAUGAUUUGAAUUUAAAAUAA